GCCGGAAGGAUGUCCAGCCAGGACCUGAGCAUCACUGCAAAACUCAUCAAUGGAGGUGUGGCAGGACUCGUGGGGGUGACCUGCGUGUUUCCCAUUGACCUUGCCAAGACCCGCCUGCAGAACCAGCAGGGGAAGGAUGUGUAUAAAGGAAUGACAGAUUGCCUGAUGAAAACCGCUCGCGCCGAGGGCUUCCUGGGCAUGUACCGAGGGGCUGCAGUAAACCUCACCCUGGUCACUCCAGAGAAGGCGAUCAAGCUGGCGGCCAAUGACUUCUUGCGGCAGCUGCUCAUGCAAGAUGGGACGCAGCGGAACCUGAAGAUGGAGAUGCUGGCCGGGUGUGGGGCUGGGAUAUGCCAGGUGGUGGUUACCUGUCCCAUGGAAAUGCUCAAGAUUCAGCUGCAGGAUGCUGGUCGCUUAGCUGUCAGUCAUCAGGGCUCCGCCUCAGCAGCACCCACCUCCCGGCCCUACAGCACUGGCUCAGCUUCCACUCACAGGCGCCCAUCUGCCACCCUCAUUGCCCGGGAGCUGCUCCGCACUCAGGGUCUGUGGGGGCUCUACAGGGGCCUGGGUGCCACUCUUCUCAGAGACAUUCCCUUCUCCAUCAUCUACUUCCCCUUGUUUGCAAACCUGAACCAGCUUGGGGUCAGCGAGGUCACAGGCAAGGCCCCCUUCGCACACUCCUUCGUGGCAGGCUGCGCAGCAGGUUCCGUGGCCGCAGUAGCUGUCACCCCUCUGGACGUUCUGAAGACUCGAAUCCAGACUCUCAAGAAAGGCCUGGGUGAGGCCAGCUACAGUGGGGUCACUGACUGUGCCAGGAAACUGUGGACACAGGAGGGAGCGGCUGCCUUCAUGAAGGGAGCAGGCUGCCGGGCCCUGGUCAUAGCCCCCCUCUUUGGGAUCGCCCAGGGCAUCUACUUCAUUGGUAUCGGAGAACGCAUCUUAAAGUGCCUUGAGUAAUCUGUGUCCCUCACUUGCUGCCACUGCUGGCCCUACAUUUGGGACUAGGUGGUGGUGCUGGAAGCAUAAGAUGCCCACCCUGUGGUACGUGGUCUCUAACUUGUAGCGCUACCUCAGAAGAAAUGACCCAUGUUACUAAGUGAGUAGAGCCCUCACUUCCCUUUAUGAAAGCUAGGCUUACCAGGGGCACUCAGAAGCCCCAACCACUGUUUUAACAAUACAAACAGCCUUGGUGUGUAAUGGCAGGACCAGGCGCAGUAAGGAUGGGAGUUCUACACUAACAUAGUCACUGUAGGUAAGCCCAGCACAGCUCCAUCAGUGUGAGGACUUAGUGUUAAUCCUAGCACUGAUGCUGUGACAUCAAAAGUGCACCUGGCCUUGACCAUGUGCCCUCCUGAACAUCACUAAUGGUCAAAUGAACCCAAAUGGGCAGCUGUCCUGCCCAGAUGCCCACUCUUGUCAAGUAUGGGCCCAGAUCCCUCCUUAGUGGGUGCCUGUGGGACACGAGCAAUGAUAAAGUCGGCUAAAUCCUUGUCCAGUAAUCAGCACAGCAGAUGACUACAAGGAGAUGUCUCCUGAAGAACCGAGCUGUGGCUUCUAGGUUCCCAUAGCUUCCUUCCUCCAUAGCCUGCUAUAGAGAGGUGGGAUAAUAUCACAGAGAUGUCAUCAGGCCCUAAGAAAACAAUCCUGUCCCCCACCCCCUCCCAAGACAGGGUUUUUCUGUGUAACAGCCGUGGCUGUCCUAGAACUCACUUGGUAGACCAGGCUGGCCUAACAUCUGCCUGCCUCUGCCUCCUGAGUGCUAGGAUUAAAGGCGUGCACAAUCCGUGCUCUUUGUCCUUAGGUGAAUGUACAGAAACCAGGCUGGGGACACAGUUUAGUUGGUAGAGUGUUUGCGUACAUUGCUCAAGCCCUGGGUUCCACCAAUAGCACCUUAUAAACUGGAUAUGGUGGCAUGUGCCUAUAAUCCUAAUCUUAGGAGGUAGAGGCAGGAGGAUAGCAAAGUGAAGGGCAUCGUCUGCCAAUAAGCAAGUUCUAGGCCAGCCUCCACCACAUAAAAUUACCAACAAAACCAAAACAUCCACACUGAGAAAAAUCUAACAAAUCUGGUUCUGGGGUCAGAUGUGCAUGCAAACAACCAUCACAGUCAUCUGAAUGGCUUCACUCUGUAAGACUCCACAGCCAAGACCCUACUGCAGGCCCAACGACUCUACACAUUCACCUAAGACAAACACAAGCACACAUGGUGUCCAGAAAGGGUCUUACUAAUUAAUACAAAGCUCCCUCCCUCCCUCCCUCCCAAACUUGGGCUUUUUUCAUUUUGUCUGGAUAAAGCUGUUUUAACAAAGAUGCAUGGACCAUAGGUUGGGGAGUGUGACUCGGUACAGCUUAUGCUUACCGUGUGAGGCUCUGGGAUGCAUUCCUAGCACGUGUGCACAUACAAAGCUGUCCAGACUCUGGAGCAGAUAUAGUGAACACCUGUGUAUGGUGUCCAUUUGGUCACAGGGUUGCAGAAAGGUCUAGUAAACUAUCAAUCCCACAGGGAUUCAGAAGUAGUUCCUCUUGGGAUUCCUUUUUAUUCCCCCAUCCCCCUUUGGUAGUGGUGGAUAGGGUCUUCUUUGUUGCCUAGGCUAGCCCCAAACAAUCCUGCUACCACAGCUGGAACUACAGAUGUGUGCCACUGUGGCCAGACUCAUACUGC